UCCGGGGAGACCGGAUAUAGUGAAUGCAGGGUCCGGGGAGAGCGGAUAUAGUGAAUGCGGGGUCCGGGGAGACCGGAUAUAGUGAAUGCAGGGUCCGGGGAGAGCAGAUAUAGUGAAUGCAGGGUCCGGGGAGACCGGAUAUAGUGAAUGCGGGGUCCAGGGAGAGCGGAUAUAGUGAAUGCAGGGUCUGGGGAGAGUGGAUAUAGUGAAUGCAGGGUCUGGGGAGAGUGGAUAUAGUGAAUGCAGGGUCCGGGCGAGAGCGGAUAUAGUGAAUGCAGGGUCCGGGGAGAGCGGAUAUAGUGAAUGCAGGGUCCGGGGAGAGCGGAUAUAGUGAAUGCAGGGUCCGGGGGAGAGCGGAUAUAGUGAAUGC